AUGGACCCGAAUCACGCUCCUUAUCUUAAUCUCUCCGCCACCGUCAUCACAGCCAAAGGAUACUCCGGCCUCCGCCUCGCAAAGCCCUCCAUUUCCCAUGGAACCCGAAACCCUCUUCUCAUCCCACCAGCAGUAUUUCCACCAAUACUUCUUUCAGCCCCCUUCACCAUCUCACAUAAAGUAACAGGCAUCAAGGAAACUUCUUUUAGAUUGAAGGCUUUGAUUGGUGAUGCCCUUCAGGAAAUAACCAUCUGCCCCUGCUGCGAGGAAGCUUGUCAAUGGGAAAAUCUCACUGGUCCAGGCCAACUUGAAGAUUGA